AAAAUCCACACAUAUACAUCCAUACACACAAAUACACUCAAGUCUCUUCUCGAAUCAUCUACUACUACUACUACUACUACUACUACUACUCUACUGUUCUACUACCCAAAGAAAAAAAAGGGGUUGUCCUAAUUCUCCAACACCAAAAACCCAAACCCCUCUUCUUCUUUUUUUUCUCUUUAUUUUGAUAAAGUUUUGAUUUUUGCUCAUCCUCUUAUUCUGUAAUCCGAGUCCUUCCCCAUCAUCCGUGUAAUCAUUAUCACCACUACUACUACUGGUGCAGGUAGUAGUAAGUAGUAGUACUAGUUCAACCACCAACCUCCAAUCAGAGAAGGACAUCUACAAGGGUGGGAGAGUUUGAGAGUUUUGGUGACCUGGGUUUUCUUCCUUUUGUCGUUUUGAUGAGGCUUUAGCUGUAUAAAUAUACAUACUUGUAUUUGUAUUAGUCCCUUUGAUGUGGAAAUAUAAUUAAGAUUGGAUUAUGGAGCUGUUAUGGGGUUAUUAGCUAUAGAAAUGAGAUUACAAGGUGAUAUUAAUUAUGCGAACACUUUGUGACGCCUGUGAAAGCGCCGCCGCAAUCGUGUUUUGCGCUGCUGACGAGGCUGCCCUUUGCCGUGCUUGUGAUGAGAAGGUACACAUGUGCAACAAACUUGCUAGUCGGCAUGUAAGAGUUGGCUUAGCAAAUCCCAGUGAAGUUCCUAGAUGUGACAUUUGUGAAAAUGCACCUGCUUUUUUCUACUGCGAGAUAGAUGGAAGUUCCCUUUGUUUGCAAUGCGAUAUGAUUGUUCAUGUUGGUGGUAAAAGAACACACGGAAGAUAUCUCUUGUUGAGGCAGAGAGUUGAGUUUCCAGGAGAUAAGCCCGGUGGUAAUGUCGACGAACCUGGUUCCCAACCCGGUAGUGAUCAAGGCGAAGCAGCUCGAAGAGGAGGACAGAAUCAGCCUUCUUCUAAAAUGACAGCUGAAGAGAAUCACCAGCAAAAUCAUAGGGUUUCCCCUGUGCGCAUACCAGAGGCCAAUGCUGAUGGACACACCAAGCGUGACACUAAAAUGAUUGAUUUGAAUAUGAAGCCUCAUAAGUUGCACGAACAAUCUUCAAAUAAUCAGUUGUUUUUUCAGGACUAAUGAAGAAUUUGCAUAAACCAGAAGCAUGGCUUUGGCUACUACUGCUGUGACACAUUCGAAAAUGGCGAGCUGUGUAUGAUCAAAUAAAAAUUGAGUUUAGUGAUUGUUCAUGUGAAAGUAUGGUCUAUUGAGGUUUGCAAAGUAAUGAUUUCUCCACUAUUCUAGUAGCUUAAUUGCACAAAAUAGUAGUUUGAUAGCAUCCAUAACUUUGAGAACAGAGAAUUAUAAUGCACUGAAUCAAAUUGAGUUCUCAUUGCUCAGUUUUGAUUUUUUUUUUUGUUUUUUGAUUUUUUUUUUGUUGGUUCUCGUUAGUUUCCAAAAUUAGGACCCUUGUUGAAAUAAAAUAGCCCUGAAAUUUGAGAUUUAAA